GCAGCCAUACUGCAUUUAUUUAAUUGUUUUAUUUUGUUUCUGCCUUUGACCGAUUGCAUCGCGAAAUGGAUGUGGACAAGAUCUGCCUGACCUGCCUGAGUUCCACGGGACCCCUCCUGUCCAUCUACGACGGCGGAUCCGGCAGCUGCCUGGCGGACAUGAUCCGGGAGUUCACAAAAACCAAGCCCCGACGCAACGAUAAUCUGCCCGAGAAGGUGUGCCUGAGCUGUUUGAGUGAAAUCUCCAAUUGCUACACGUUCAAGAUCAAGUGCGAGAACUCCAGUCGCACCCUGCGCCAAUUGCUGCCGAAUGCGUUGCCGGAGGAGCCCGAUAACAAGGUGUCUAUCAGUUGUCCAGUGGCCACAACUGACCAGGCUGUGCAGACCACUAGUUGGGAGCCGGACAGAUGCACAGCCUCCGUGCAAACGGACGCAGUGACUACCACAGACGCCGAGCAGAAUACCAGCCUGAUUAAGUCAACAAUUUCAGUGGACCUGGACUACGAAGGCGAGGGCGAGGUCUUCGACUACGAGCUGCCGGAUGAGCCCGUCGAAAAGACCACCAGCCUCAUCCUGCAGGUCCAGGGAAACUUAAAGGACGAAAAGGAAGUGGUGUUUACCCAAACCAAUGUUAUUUACGAAGGCGACGCCCACGAGCUGGAACAGCAGAUCAGGGAAUGUAAUCUGGCCAUCUUCGAAGGUGUCGACAACGAGGCGGAAAUCAUCACAGUAACCGCUCCGCAGGUAACCACCAGAAAGAGCGCUGCCAAGCUGCUAACACAGCAGGAAAACGAUAAGCAGGAGACUCGUGUGGGUUCCAAGGAAGAAGCACGCGAAAUAGAGAAGGAACAAGUACCUCAGACGGCUAAGCGCACCUCACGGCGUCGCGGAGGUGUCAAGCAGGAUGUACCGGCUACCCCGCCGUCAGAUACAGAGCCUUCCCCCAAGCAGCAUCGGUUAGGAACGCAGCGAAAACUCAGCGCGCCAAGAGCGGGAACAGUAAACAGCCCUAGCACAACGUCAGGAGCAGCCACUACCCCUGAGCUCAAAUACCACUGUGAUCGUUGCAAUGCGGGAUUCGCAGUAGAGAAAUCGUUGAUGAUCCACAGACGCCAAAAGGGCUGCAUUAAUCGCAACUUCAAGUGCAAUGAGUGCGAAAAGGUCUUUGUGUCGCCGGAUCACUUGGCGGAACACCAGGCCAGUCAUGGUGCCCACAAUUGCCCGGAGUGUGGAAUACGCUGUGAUUCCAAGGAGGCACUGAGCAAGCACAUGGUGCAGGGCCACAAGCGUAAUCUGCGGAAUCAGUGCAAUAUCUGUCAGAAAGUAUUCACCAUGCUGUCCACGCUGCGUGACCACAUGCGCAUCCAUACUGGCGAGAAACCCUUUGUGUGCAAUAUCUGCGGCAAGAGCUUUACACAGAACGCCAAUCUUCGCCAGCACAAGCUGCGUCACUCGGAGACCAAAAGUUUCAAGUGCGAGCUGUGCCCGCACUCGUUCGUUACCAAGGCGGAACUCACCUCCCAUGCCCGCACCCACACCGGUGACAAGCCCUUCGAGUGUGAGGUGUGCUUGGCCAGAUUCACCACCAGUUGCUCCCUGGCCAAGCACAAACGAAAGCACACAGGCGAACGGCCAUACGCCUGCGAUCUCUGCCCCAUGAGAUUCACUGCCCUCAAUGUGCUAAAGAACCACCGAAGGACGCACACAGGUGAGCGACCGUACGUCUGCCCCUUCUGCUCAAAGACCUUUACGCAGCGGGGUGACUGCCAGAUGCACCAGCGUACACAUCAAGGCGAGCGGAUCUACAUUUGUCCGGUGUGCAAUGAGGAGUUCAAGUCGAUGCCCGAGAUGCGAUCACAUUUGGCCGGCCACGAGCAGCACGACAAACGUCUGGUGCACUUCACCUUUCUGAGCAACAAGGAAAACGGAAGCGGGGCCCUUGAAGAAGACCUUAACGAGAUAACCGAGUCUGCACUUAUGCUAUAAGUCGAUAUAGAAGCUGUGCCAGCAAGGCGGCAUUUGUAAAGGUGGUUGAGUUUGCCUUAUCCCCAAGAUUAUAAUGAUUGAAAGUCCCAACUCUAAAGCGCACAACUCGUCCUCUUUACAUUUGCGUCUACUCUUUCCCUCGGGAACACAGUUUAUGACAAAAUUCACAACUUUAGAACAUCUUUAGUCUUAACUUAGUCGCUAGGUCGUAGAUAAAAAUAAAAGCUUAAAGUUA